ACAGGGAGAGGGAGAAGACAAUGACCACAAGUUUGGGAUAUCUGUUCCACCGUUAGUAGAAUAUCUAAAGGCCAUUUUACGAGAAUAUAGUGAUGGUCAAAUAUUGAAGGAGCUCGUUCAGAACGCAGAGGAUGCAGGUGCGGAUACUGUCAAAUUCCUGUAUGACAUGAGACAGCAUGGUACCAAGACAUUGUACAAAGAUUCCCUACAACCUUACCAAGGACCGGCUGUCUAUUCCUUCAACAAUGCCAAGUUCAAGACAGCUGACUGGGAAGGGAUUCAACAACCAGCCCGCAGCAGGAAGAAGACAGAUCCUUUGAAGGUUGGACGAUUCGGCAUUGGAUUCAAUUCUGUAUACCACAUAACAGAUUUACCGAGCAUCAUGAGCGACGAAACACUGGCUUUCAUUGAUCCAUUGGAGGAACACUUCUUUGAUAGUAAAGGUCGAGUGAAGACUGGAUGGCGAUUUUAUCUGAGAUCAGACAAGGAAAUCUUUUCAAAGUGUCAUGACCAGUUUCAACCCUACAACAAUGUAUUUCCUGGAGUGACGGGAGGGAUUUCAUCGGGAUAUUUUGAUGGCACUUUGUUUCGGUUUCCUCUGCGUCAAGAGGCAAAUGAAUUGAGUGAUAAAAUCUAUCAACAAGAAGACACACUAGACGAGGUACUUCAGGCCUUCCAAUCAGAUGCUAAUGUGGCUAUGCUGUUUCUGCGCUCCUUGAAUAACAUUGAGGUGUUGAAGAGAUCCCCUGAUUACCAAGACCUGUCACUGAUUGUAAGAGUUCAACGGGAGCAUGAUCAAGGAGCGCGUCCUCGUGGAGCGGACAUUACCUCAUGUCUUCAAUCCUACAUCUCUAAUAUCAAUGGAUGUCGAGAGUCUAUCAAGUUCACUGAUUAUGUAACAUUUACUACAGAAACACAGAGGGAGUCAAAGAGAGAACACUGGGUUGUUAGCCAUCACAUCGCUGGUGACAGCAUGUCUCAAGAGCUUACUGACCUGGCUAGGAAGCAAGGUCAUCUGCCAUGGGUAGCUGUUGCCAUCCCCAUGAGUUCUUCAAAGACAAGCAAUGUAGCAGAUGAAGCAGAGAACAACGAUGGCAGAGUGUUCUGCUUUCUUCCCUUGCCACCUGGUGAAGAGAGUCGAACAGGGUUACCGGUUCAUGUGCAUGGAUUCUUUGGUAUCAAUAGUGAUCGCCGGGGGAUAAAGUGGCUUGGACCAGACCAAACAGACACUCCAGCACAAUGGAACCAACUACUUGUUAGAGAACUGAUUCCCAUGGUUUACGUUGAUGCUAUCAAAUUUACCAUUGAUGUGCAGAAAUCUAGGGGAACCUUGACUGCUGAUUGCAUCUAUCGUUCAUGGCCAGAUUAUGAAGAGGUUCGUGGCAACUGGGGUAUUCUCUUGGAACCCUUCUACAAUGCACUGUUCAGUGAAUCGAUCAUACAUAGCGAUAACAGUGGAUGGAAGAACAUUGCCGAUGUUCACUUCAAUGAGCUGCAAGUAGACGAAGAGACAGAAAAGGCAAUUCUCAAAUGCUUCAACUUCAGCGGCAUAGCACAUGCUAGAGUCCCAGGCGUAUGCAGAAAAGCCAUCAAGAAGUAUUACGAUCUUCAGAUAUCCACUGUUUCUGUCUCCAGCCUUUGCCGUUGCCUCCACGAUGAUCCAGCUAUUUUGGAAAGGUUGACUAAUGAUGAGAAGCUUCUGAUCCUGCAGUUUAUCUUGCAGGAGGGCGCCAUGCAAGACUUGGAGGGGUUAUGUCUUCUUCCCCUUGACAAUGGGGGCUUUGAAGUGUUCUCAAGUUCUGGUGAAAGAAGAGUGUACAUUCCAACCCCUGAGUUCCAUCGACAGCUUGUUCCAGGUGGAUGUGAUCAAUUCAUCAGAACGAUACAAAAGGAACUUCCACUCCACCAAUACCUAUCAAAUAUGAGUGGACAUUACCAGCUGGAAACUUUAACCAUCGACAUUGUAGCAAAGCUCUUGAAGACUUUUGAGAAAUCUUGGAUAGAUGAUCAAGGAAUCUGGGUACAUGAACCCCAAGAGCCUACCCUCAAUACUUGGCUUGAAGAAGUAUGGUCGAUGCUUUACAGGGAAAGUCCAAGUGAGUUGCAACUCUUUAAUGAUAUCCAUCUAUUACCAUUGUUUGCAGAUGAUAGUGACUCCAGAAGACUUCUUCCACUUUGUUCCAAGUCAAGGGUUAUCCAGAGAUGCUACUGUACGGCUGAUGGCAAAGUCGGAUUGACAGAUAAUGUUGAAAACAUUCUGCAUGAUAUUGGAAUGAGAGUCACAGAUUGUCCUGGUUAUAUUCUCCGCCAUCCAGCUGUCAUUCGGGAUGGAUAUAUCAAGAUGCCAACACCUGAUGGGGUAGUUCAAUGUCUUUUGCUUUCUGAUGAGAAGUUGCUGAUCCCAAAGCUCCGUUCAUUCUCUGCCAGUUAUAGAGAUACCCUUGUAGAAUAUCUUGCACAAGCGAAGCUUGGUGAUAAUGGGAAGGAACUUCUGAAGCACCUUCCAUUGUUUAAGAGAGUAGAUGGAACUGGACAGUCAAACAAACAUUCAUUCAGUGUAGAAGAAUCCUUGGGAUAUAUUGAAUGCAGUCAGGUAGAUAUUCCUAACCCAUUGACGUUGACAGGGCUAUUGAUUGAUGGAAGGGCAAAAUCAAAUCAAUGUUUACUACAAAAGUUAGAAGCUUGUCCACUUUCAAAGUAUCAAGUCAUAGUGAAUGUUUUGGAAGAAAUUCGUGAAGGGCAACUUUACACACAACAGGGAAGACAAGUAGCUUUGCAAUGGAUAUUGGAACGAUGGGAAGACGUCAAGAUAAACUGCAAAUCAAUUGUGGGUAUUGUCCGUGAUAUGAAAUUCAUCCCCAACAAGAAUGCAUCGUUGCUUAGUCCUUCAGAACUCUUUGAUCCACGAGACCCAUUGAUCUACAAACUGUUUGAAUCCCAAGGAGUAUUUCCAAUGGAUCCAUUUGAUUCACCUCAGAUUGUAGAGGCUUUCAGUCAGCUUGGCAUGCGUGGGCAAAGUAGAGUUUCUUCAUCCGAGUUGAAUGCAUGUGUUGACAUGAUUGAGGAAUCACAGAGCCCUGACAAGUCUCACUUGCUACUAGAACUCCUUAGCAAUAACCAGGGUCUUCUCAGCACUUCUGUCAUUGAUCAUAUGAAACGAAAAGAAUGCAUUCCUUGCAGACAUUCGCCUCCAGAAUACUAUCCUUCAGCUAUUGAAUGGUAUGGUAAUUCUACUUCAAGAUUGUCGACCCCCACUGAAAUCCUUGAGGAGGUGAAGUCAGAAGUUCUAAUAUGUGGAGCUUCUAAACGCUUUUCUGCUCAUGAGGAUUGGAGUCGCUUCUCUGGUGUCUUUUCUAAGCUUGGAAUAAAUGCCCCAUCUCCUCUUCUAGCAGAAGUUAUAAAACAGUUAGAGUAUUGUGUCAAUCACACAGAAGACAGAACUGGGGAAGAUGCUUCUGACAUUGUACCGAUGCUGAAAGAGAUUUAUUCGUUUUUCAUGCGAGAAAUGCGCCAGGACGUAAACAUUAAGGAUAUUGUCCUGAAUCAAGUCAAGUCGUGUAUCUGGAAUGGAAAUGGCUUUUCAGAGCCAAGCAGAAUGUGUACAGGAAAACUUCCUUUCGAUUUGUACCCUUACAUGGUUUCUAUUCCGAAAGCCACAUCUGCAUUUGGAGAGUUAUUUGAAGUGCUAGGAGUUCAAACAGACAUGAUGGCAAAUUCGUGUGCCCUGGUUGACAUCUUGUACGAAAUCAAGGAAAGAUGUGAAGAUAAUGAAAUCGAUGAGGUCUUUCAACAGGGACAACUCCAACUUGUAUUACAAAUCCUCAACCAUUUACAAGCUGUUGGAGAUCUCUCAGAAGAUGCGAGGUUGCGACUACUUGUUCCAUCGCAAAAAGGGAAAUGCCAUCUUAUUCCUGUUGAGAAAGGUGCAUAUGUGGACAGAGACUGGCUAAGACAAAGCACUGACACAGAGGAUUUAGAUGAUGAUGAAGAUUUCACUUUGGUUCAUUCAAAUAUUUCUAUGAACCUUGCAAUAUUUCUCCAUAUACGUCCUGUCAGUCGACUUCUUCUAGAUUCAGAAGAAUUUCAGGGUUUCACACAAGCUGGUCAGCAUGAACCACUGACUAUCCGCUUAUGCAAUAUCCUUAAGAACAACUACACCAACACUUCAAUAGCUAAUGAGAUGGUUCAGAAUGCGGAGGAUGCGGGAGCUCAAGAAGUUCGCUUUCUCGUUGAUAUGAGAACAAAUGAGAAUGCACACAAAAAAUUGUUUGAUCCCGGAAUGAAGCCUUGUCAAGGACCAGCACUGUGGGUAUACAACGAUGCAGUAUUUUCAGAUCAAGACCUAGAGAAUAUUCUCCAUCUUGGUGGGCGUACUAAGGAAAGGGAUGCUGAAAAGAUCGGAAAGUUUGGGACUGGCUUCAACUCUGUGUACCACAUAACUGAUGUUCCUAGUUUUGUUAGUAGGGACUUUGUGCAGUUUUUCGAUCCUCAUACUACACACCUUGGAAAUGUUCUCCCAAACAAGAGUCAACCUGGUGUGCGACUGAGAUUGAAUAACACCAAAGCACUCCGGAGAUUUCCAGAUCAGUUCAAACCAUUCGAUGGGGUAUUUGACCUUACUUUCAAAGGAGGAAAUGAACCAUUCAAUUACCAAGGAACACUGUUCAGGCUGCCCCUCCGUUCACAAGAAGCUGCUCAGAAAAGUCAAAUAUGCAAGGAGUGUUAUGAUGGAGAGAAACUUGUUUACCUGAUGAAACAAAUGUGUGAAACAUCUCACAACCUCUUGGUGUUUACCAAAAAUGUGAAGAAGGUUUCUCUGUUCUACCUCUCCGAGAAUGCUUCCCAUCCUACCCAGGCUGAAGAGCUACUCACCAUCCAGAAGACUAUGUCGCCAUUGAGGACAGAAGAUGAUAAUACCAUCAUGUCAACCGAGUCAUUCAGUUCAAGAUUGACCUCGAAGGGAGCCGAAAUAUUGCCACCCAUCAAAGGUAUUACCUACCACCAACGGACAAGUUCUUUUGAUACCUUGAAAGUGGUAUGCAAGACCUCGGAACAAGCCUUAGCUCUUUCACAGUCACAAGAAGGAAGGUUACAUGGACUAUCUCCUGAAGCAGCUGUUGCUCUUCCGCUGAACAUAACAAAUCUGCCCAAAAUCGAGGGAGAAAUCUACUGUGGUCUACCUUUAUCGGUUCCUAGCCUACUCCCAAUGCACAUAAAUGGUAAGUUUGCCAUUAAUGAAGAUCGAAGGAGUCUACAGUCUCCAACACCUCAUGGAAUGACCAUUUCUGAAAGAUGGAAUCAUAUAUUGCUCUCUGACAUGAUCUGUCGAGCGUAUGUCUCACUUCUAUCAGACAAAGAAUUCAUUCAACAAAUCAAGAAGUCGUUUGGGAAUAAUGUUUCCCCAGAGUAUUUCUGGCCUGAUGUUGAGAAAGUGCAUGAGACAUCAGAGUGUUCUCAGCUGUUUAAUGCAUUUUACAAAGCACUCGUUUGUGGGCUAGACGGCAUUGAACCAGCCGCCUUCUGGAAAAACGGUGAAUCUUAUCAGUUUCACAAUGUCAGAUUUCUUGGAGAAGACCUGCAGAGGGAAGAAGAAAUCAAGGAUGACUGUAUAACCAUUUUGACGACAUAUGUGAAGGAGCAAUGUGGCCCUAUGGUGGAAGUCAUAGAGCUAUCAGAGAAGACAUGGAGAUCACUUAAGAGGGCAGGAGUAUGUGGUAUGGUAGAGACUAGAUCGUACAGUCUGAACAGAUUUUUUGAAGAAGCAUUCUUGCCACAUGUGGACCAAGUGCCAAAUGAUCUGAGAGAUCAUUUGAUUUUAUUUGCGCUCAGACCAGAAAAUAACCUGUACCAGAAACUUCGAGAUGUGAAAUGCAUUUCAGUCUUAGGAGAAGCUGAAUUGAAGCCACCAUAUGAUUUAAUGAAUUCCAAUGACUCCAUACUCUGGAAGUUGUUUGAGUCUAAUGGAGUAUUUCCAUGUGCUCCAUUCAAUUCAGACAAUCUGAUUACCGUUCUCAAAAGCCUUGGUAUGCGAGGACAGAGCAAAGUUACACCUGUCGAGAUAGUUUCCUGCGUUGAUCGCAUCGAGAAAUUGCAGUCUCCUGAAAUGGCAAGAGCUCUUCUAGAGCUCAUCGAAAAUAAUCCUAUUCAUUUGAAUGGUAUUCUUCAAAAUGGAAAGACUGUAAGAGAAGUCGUCAUGAACAAACAAUGUAUCCCAUGCAGACAGUCUCCACCAGAACAUUACCCACUAGAUAUUGAAUGGCAUGGCAAAACCUCGUCUCGACUGACAACUCCUCAAGAGAUUCUGAUCGAAUCAAAGGAAGCUACGCUAUCGUCUGGAGCUUCUAAACCAUUUGUUUCCCAAUCCCAACAAGAUCUCUUUUCCAAAGCUUUUUCCGAGCUUGGAAUAACAUCCCAAAAUCCAGUGAUCGAGGACGUCCUAACACAAUUAGAGCAUUGUGUGAAGUAUGCUAGAGAGAGAACAGGACGAGAUGUUAGCGACAUAAUACCGAUGCUGAAGGCGAUCUAUGGAUUUGUUAAUGAAGAAUUGCAACAUAAUUCACGUGUCAGGAACUUGAUCUUAGAUCGAGUGAAGUGUUGUGUGUGGAAUGGAAGUGGCUUUUCUGAACCAAGCAAAAUGUGUACAGGUGGUCUGCCAUUUGAUCUAGCUCCUUACAUGGCAUCUAUUCCAAAAUCAGCCUGUAUGUUUAAAGACUUGUUUGAAAGACUUGGAGUGAAGAGAAACAUGGACACAAACGCCGAAGCUCUGGUUGAAAUUCUACAUGAGAUCAAGAGGGAAUGUAACUCCACUGGAGUUAGUAAAAGUUUCCAACAAAGACAGCGCCAACUUGUACUUCAGAUUCUACACCAUUUACAUGCUUCUGCUGAGCUCACGGAAGAUGCGAGGCUGCAAUUACUCAUACCAUCUAAAAGAGGGGAAUGCCAUCUUAUCCCCGUUGAAGAUAGUGCAUAUAUAGACAGGGAAUGGUUGAGACAAAGCACUGAAAAUGAGGAGAUGGAUGAUGAUGAAAACUUUACGUUGAUUCAUUCAGAUAUCCCAAUGGAGCUGAUUACAUACCUUCGAGUACGACCUGUUAGUCAACUUCUUCUAGACUCAGAGGAAUUGGAUGGUUUCACAGAAGCUGGCCAGCAUGAACACCUGACAAUGCGCUUGUAUAAUAUCCUAAAGAACAACUAUGUCGACACUGCUAUUGUUAGUGAGAUGAUACAGAACGCAGAAGAUGCUGGUGCUGAAGUAGUUAAUUUUCUUAUUGACAUGAGGAAAAAUGGAGAUGCAAACCAAAAGCUGUUCAAUCCUGAAAUGAUUUCAUGUCAGGGACCAGCACUCUGGGUAUACAACGAUGCAGUGUUCACGGACCAAGACUUUGAAAACAUUCUCCGUCUUGGUGGACGUACCAAGGAAAAGAAUGCCCAAAAGAUUGGAAAAUUUGGGACUGGCUUCAACUCUGUGUACCGCAUUACUGAUGUUCCCAGUUUUGUUAGCAGAGAUUAUAUGCAGUUUUUCGACCCUCAUACUACACACCUUGGCAACGUUCUCCCAAACAAAAACCAACCUGGUGUCCGUCUCAGAUUGAGUAAUAGCAAAGCACUCCGGAGAUUUCCCGAUCAGUUCAAGCCAUUUCAUGGAGUGUUUGGCAUUGAUUUCAGUAGAAAGAGUGACUCAUUCAACUACAGUGGAACGCUCUUUAGACUGCCUCUUCGUUCACAAGAAGCUGCCCAGAAAAGUCAGAUAUGCAAAGAGUGCUACAAUGGGGCGAAACUGAUCGACUUGAUGAAAAAAACGUGGGAAUCAUCUCACAACCUCUUGGUGUUUACCAAAAAUGUCAAGAGGGUUGCCCUGUUUUUUCUUGAUGAGAAAUGUAGCGAUCCUUCCAUGGCUGAAGAGUUAUUCACUAUUCAGAAAACCGAGCAAUCCACAAGGAUGAAUGAUGAGAACAUUGAAAUUUCAACAGAAUCCUUCAAAUUUACAAUGACUCCAAAGGGAAGUGAAGUGAUGGCUCAUGAACCAGAAGGUGGUAGAUACCUGGAAAAUGUCAAAGUUACUUGUAAGACCUCUGAUCAGGCUUCUGCUCUUGCGAGAUCUCCAGAUGGGAAAGAUUGUGGACUAUCUCCUGAAGGUGCAGUUGCAUUUCCCUUCCACAAACCAUCAAUGUCUUCAUUUGAGAAAAAGAUAUAUUGCUUUCUCCCUCUGUCAAUAACAAGCAUGUUUCCAGUGCAUAUCAAUGGUGCCUUCGCUGUCAAAGAGGAUCGGAGGAGUCUUCACAUGCCAGUUCCCAAUGGAAGGCUGAUAUCUGAGAAGUGGAAUCACCUGCUUCUCGUAGAUGUGAUAUGCCGGGCUUACAUUGCACUCAUGUCUGACAUUGUGUUUAUUCAGCGUGUGAAGGAGGUUUAUGGUCCAGAUAUUUCCCCUGACCAGUUAUGGCCCGAUACCGAUGAUGUUCCGAAGAAUUCUGAAUGUUCAGCAUUGUUUAAUGCUUUCUUCAAGGCAAUGGUAAAUGGCUUUGAAGGUCAUGAACCAUCAAUGUUCUGGAUCGAUAACGAAUUGCAUCAGUUCUCACAAGUCGUUUUCCUCGGUCAAGAAGUCCAAAAGGAGACAUCGAUGAGGGAUAUUGUGAGAAAUGUUCUAAGCGACUACCUUCCAUCAAAGCAAGUGAUGUCACUUACUGAUAAAACAUGGAGAGCACUAGAGAGAGUAGAUCUUCUUGACAGUGUUAUGAAAAGUACCUAUGAUUUCAAUAGGUUCUUCGCGGAAGCCUUUCUCCCACGAAUCAGUCAGGUGCAGAGUGACAUGAGAAAUCAGCUGGUUCUGUUUGCACUGAACAAACGUGAUGACACAUUGAAACAGAAGUUGAAAGAUGUGAAAUGCAUACCAGUAGUAGGGGGACCUGACCUUAGGAAACCUUGUGAUCUAGUACACCCGAGUGGUAAAGUUGCGCCGCUGUAUUCUGAGUCUGAUAAGGUGUUUCCCCUAGGAGACAUGUUCAAUGACACCAACACACUAACAUCACUCACUCAGUUAGGAAUGAUAAAGGAUUAUAUUCAUGAGGAUGUUUUCCUUGAGAGAUGUAGAUCAGUUGACAUUCUGCAUUCAGUCAACAAGGAAGGGGCUCAAAAUAGAUCACAUGCCCUACUGAAUUACCUGUCAGAGACGUUGAGAAUGGGUUAUUGGAGUAGGGACAGACAUUUCAAAGAACACCUUGUGAAAAUUCCAUUCUUACCUAUCUUAUGUGAGAGAAACCAAGACACUGCUCUUCCAUGGGUGGAAACCAAUAACACCUGCCCUUAUGCAUCUGCUAAUGAUAUCUAUUCUCAUUCUAAGAGAAAUAUUGUAAGCAGUAUGUACAAUGUUGUGCACGAAUCAAAAGAUUGGAAACUUCCCUGGAACGUUGAGGACUUUCUUGGCAUCAGAGACAAAUAUCCCUCUACUGAAGAUGUAAUCCGGCAGUUUUCGAACAUUCGGAGUCAUUAUGAAGUGAAUAGUGAAUCCAUUUCUAAUCGUGACUUGGAAAUGAUAUGCCAGGACAUCUACGAGCGUGUUGAAAAUGCAUGUAGAGAAAGCGUUGCUGAUGACAUUUCCAAUGAUCUGCAGAAUCAACCAUUCUUCCUCGUAGGUAGCAGGUUUGUUGGGAUUUCUGUGAUUGCCGAUAGAAACAGCCUUCCGCCGUAUCUAUUUGAAGCUUCUCGUUUCCUUAAACGAUAUCCAAGUCUUCUAAAACAUGCAGGAUUGAAGAAUGAGUUUGGGACCAGAGACUAUGAAGAUGUUCUUCAUUUACUAUACAUUAAGAGUAAUGGGCAACCGUUAAGUAAUGAUGACACGGAGGUGGCUAUCUUAGCUGCACAACGACUUUCAGGUUUACCCCACGGAGAAGAAGAACGUGCAGAUACAUUUCUCCCAGAUGAGCAGAAUUGCAUGAGGCCUGUAUCAGAUCUGUGCUACAGAGAUGUGGAUUGGUUUGAAAAUGAUGAAAUUGAACUUCAUAGGUGUCAUACAAAAAUCAGUUUCAUGGUCUCGAGAAAGCUGAAAGUGAAGGAUAUUCGACAACAGAUGCUUCAGGCAUUCGAUAUGGAUUUCCCAGGAGACGAAUUCGGUCAACAUGAGAAACUUACAACCCGUAUCAAACGUAUUCUCGACUCUUACCCAUCCGAUGAAACAAUACUGAAAGAACUUCUUCAAAAUGCUGACGAUGCUGGAGCUACUGAAAUCCACUUUGUGUACGAUCCUCGGAAACACAAGGGACACAAGCUUCUAGGAGAUGGCAUGAAAGCCUUGCAGGGUCAUGCUCUUUGUGUCUUCAACAAUCAAUCUUUCACCGACGAUGACAUUCGCGGGAUACAGAAUCUUGGAGAAGGAAGUAAAGCUGACCAUAUGGGAAAGAUUGGGCGUUAUGGAGUAGGAUUCAAUGCAGUAUAUCAACUUACAGAUUGCCCUAGUUUCAUCUCCAAAGGUGAACGAUGGUGUAUGUUUGACCCUCUUCUGAAGUAUGUUCCAGGAGCAAACCCAACACGACCAGGUCGUCAGAUCAAAGUUAAUAGCAGUGUGCGUCGUUCUUACCCACAUAGCUUUCAGUGCUAUAUGGAAGACAUACUCACAGGCGGAGAAGAGGACUUCACCAUUUUUCGUUUUCCAUUGCGACAAGAAGCUUCAACCCUAAGCCCGAAUGUCUGGCAUGCUGAACGUAUUCGGAAGCUACUUCGGGACUUUGAGAAUGCGGCAUUUGAAUGUCUUUUGUUUCUGAAACACGUCACUAAAAUCAGCAUCUCAGAGGUAACAAGUUCAGGAGUUAUUGGAUCUACUCAUGUUGUCAGUGCAGAAAUGACUCGAGGUGAAGGUGAAAAGAAAAUGGAUUUUCUACAGAAAGUUCAGGACACUGCCUUGACUAAACAAGAUGAUGGAACCUUGGAAUCAGAACAAGUGGAAGUCAUCUACCAGAUGAAACUGAAAGGGGUACAAAGAGAAGAGGAUUGGGUGAUAUGCCAGCAAGUGAGUUAUUCAGACGCAGAUGAAGAACACACAAGGAAAAAACAUAGGUUACUUCCAGUUGGAGCUGUUGCUGCUCGUCUACCUGAAACAAGAGAGGGAAAUAGUGAUAAAGGAAGAGAGGGAAUCAAUGGCAAGGCUUUUUGCUUUCUGCCACUCCCUAUUCAGACGGGACUUCCGGUUCAUGUGCAUGGAUACUUUGCCUUGGACCAUGAAAGCAGAAGACACUUGUGGGAAGGUAGCAAGACGGAUGAGCAAACAAAGUGGAACGUUUACAUUACUCAGAAAGUUAUUGCACCUGCUUACAUAAAGUUGUUGUCAUGGAUACAGAAGUUUUUCAUCGAGAAAUAUGACUGGUCAGGAUCACUAGCAAGAAAAAACAAGUUUCAGACUUUAAAGCUCCUUCAAAAAUAUCAUAGCUACUUUCCUAACACCAAAAAGGGAUCGUACUGGAGAAAACUUCAAGAUGCUGUGUUUGAAAUUGUUGUUCUGGAAGCCUUACUGCUGUUUCCUUCACUCUAUCGAAAGGAUGAUGGCAGAAAUGACCUUUUCUUGAGUUGGAAAACGCCCAUCUCGUCUCCGGAUGGGUCAGAUCUUGGAUAUUUCAACACACUGUCAAAACAGUUGACUGACCACUGCACAAGUAGCAUGUACAGUUAUUCCAUGAAGCCUGAGAUUCAAGAAAGCAUCAACAAGCUCAGAGAUUCACUGAUUGAGGUUACAUUCCCAUUAAUAGAGUCUCCAAUAUGGAUAAUGCAGAAUCUGCAUAAUGUAUGCAAAUAUCUCCAUCAAGAUGCAAUCAAGAAUGGGCGAGAAGCAAACUAUGAAGUUCGAGAAGUUACACCUUCCCAUGUGAUAUCUUUCCUUCGUGGAGACAAUCCCCUUCAGAGGCAGUUACCAAUAGCAAUUUCAAGCUCUAGGAUCCACAGCAAAGAUAGACUGAUUGGACUUGUCAACUACUGCAAGAUGAGUAAAGAACCUAACCUUCAAGAAAGUCUCCAUGGUCUACCGUUGCUCUUCACCAUGGAUGGAACAUUACGGAUGUUCUCACGUGACGAUCAAGUAUUUGCAACAGAAUUCUUUGAUCUUUUCGGGCCUCAGAGUCAUAGGUUCUUACACAUUGAUUUCUUACACAGGUUGUCACAAAAUGCUGAUGUGUUUUGUAAGAUUGAUGUGAGAGCGGUAUCCAAGCUUCUUGAUGGUUGCUUUCCGUUUCUCAAGUGCACAGCGAAUAAGAUGCUAACUCCUCGCACCUGCCAUCCACCAGAAUGGUUUUGUAGGUUAUGGAUUCUACUUGAAUCGUUGAGUACAAAUGUUGAACACUUCGAUGACUUCGCUAACAAUAUAAAAGAUAAACUUAGAAGUUGGGCAAUAUUGCCAGUCACAGAAACCAAGCCAACGGAUAGCCGAAGUAAUCCUCAUCAUGUUUUCAAGCAGGUAGCUCCUAUUAGCUUAUCUUCAACGGUUAUAGAUCAGCCAAGCCAGUCGAGAAAGGGUUAUUGGCCACUCUAUUCAGCACUUGAAUCACUUAAUGUCUACAAGAUUGAAAAGUCUAUCCUACAUGAAGACAAUCGUAGACUAAUACACCAUCUUGUCCUUCAUGAGCACAUGGGGAAUAGUGCAAGGGUCCUAGAUGCUUUGAUGUACUGGGUAGAUAGAGACCCUACAAGAUUCCAAAUUCUGAAAGAAAAACAACAUUCAGAAAUCCUUAGAUCAUUUUGCUAUUGCGAUGACACAGCUGAUCUUAGAAGAGUGAAAGACCUUCCUUGCUUCAAGACAAUUGCAGGCGACUUUGUCAGUAUCAGGAAAUGUCAAACAGUCCUUGUUCUCCCAAGUAUGAUUCCCGAAAAGGAACAAGAUAAAUGGGUUGAAAGGUCUGGUGCUAUUUUUCUGCAGUACAAUCAGUCACUUGAACCAUUAUACAAGAAGCUAGCACUAACUGAUACAACAGAGUUUGACGUGUACAUGAAGUACAUUUUGCCUGUCUUUGGUAAGCUCAGCGAGGAAAGUCGUCUUGAACAUCUCGUACGAAUCAAUCAGCUGCUUCAUUUUCUACCCAUUCCUAAAAGACAGAAUUAUAGUGAUAUUAGGGUAGCAGCGAUUCGGAGGUUAGGAUUGAGAGACCUGCGUUUCAUAAAUUGUACGUCUGGAAACCUGCUGAAGGCCAGUGACCUGUACGACCCAGAAGUCGUGGUAUUCUACUUGAUGUUGAAGGACAAAUUUCCUUCAACACAUAUUAUAGAGUCAUUGGGGCUCGCAUUCCUUCGUGAAAUAGGACUACAAACCACCGUGACUGCAGAAUUGUUCCUUUCGUUUGCCCAUCGGGUGCGGGAAUCAUACCCCGAUGCCGAAGAUAUGAAAAUCAAGUCCACUGCACUCGUGUCAGAAUUGGUCGGGAACUGUAACCUUCACAAAGAAUACUCCUUCUGUCAGAAAGCCAGUGUGAUUGAUUUUCUUGUUACUGACAAGAUUGACCAACAAUUAGAAUCCAUUCACUCACCUUUCAUCAAUGAUGGAAAACUCAUGAGGUAUUCUAGCUCACUAUCAUCUCAACACACGAAACUGAUAUGGUCUACUAAUAGCAUCUUGCCAAAAUAUGCCAUCGGGCAAUGCCUUUCUUGUGAAACCCAACUAGAUGAUCAGCUUGGCAAGGCACAAGAGCCUGAACUAAAGAGUGUUAUCCAACAUCUGCAGAAUAUAUGCAACAGACUCCAACAGAAUGACAGCAAAAAGCUAUCCUCCUCAGACGCUCUAUCCGGGGUGCUACAUGAAAUAAUGACAUUCCUUUCUUUGAAGUGUACAGGGGAAAGCUGCUCUCAUGAAGUUCUAUGUGAAAGAUGCUGUAUCAUCAGAGCGGAAUUGCAGAAUGUUCCAAUUGUCUUUCUAGAGCUCGAAGAUGAACAUCGCUUGGUGAAAGCAGAGCAGAUCUCUCGUACUUUGGAAGGGAAUUUCGAGCCUUUUCUUUACCAGUUGCCUGACAAGUGGGUUCCUUUCUUCAAGUUAUUUCAACUGCUUGGUGGAACAGUCAAAGCCUCCAUUCGACAAUAUGCUUCCGUUCUCAGAAGUAUCUAUGAAAGAGGGAAGAAUGCAUGGGGGAACCCAAAUGUAGUAAACAUGGUACAGAGGGCAACAACUGGCCUGUACGAAGAGCUAAGGAAGACAGAUCAAGGGCAGGUAGCAGCUUUAUUUCAUUCUGGACACGCUCUCUACCUUCCAUCAUGUCAUCAAAACUUGGAACGAUCAGAUCAGCUACUACUUAACGAUGUUGACCACUAUUUACGCCGACUUCGUAAAUCUAAGCUUCCCCUCAUCGAGUUCUUUCAAGGUCAGGAACGCAUUGCAAAAGAAGCUAUAGAUAGGCUUCCUGAGACGAUGAAACCGACAUCAGUAAGCAAGAAGGUGAAAGAAAUACUUAGCAAGACGGAAAAUGGGUCGCAAAGGUGUCUUCUAACUGGACAGGAACCUUGUGAAUUUGCAAGAAGACUUCAGAUCCUGCAAUCAAAGGAAUUUUUGCAGGCAGUUUGUAUCAUCAUGAAGCACAAUGGGAAAAAAGUUGAUGAGGAAACCAAGACACGCCUUAGAAAUUCGUUGAGUGGCCUGAAGAUAACAUGCAUGCAGCAAUUACACUCGAUUCUACAAAUCAAUGGUGAAUACAUAGAAGGCAGUGAAACAGAAGUACCUUCCUUCAUUAACAGUGACAGUGAGCUGUUUGUACAACACAGUGAAGGAGAAAAUAUAAUGGAAACACUCUUAAGUGUUGCGAUUCAUGUCAAUCAAGUCCUGGAAAACGUGUUUGAAGAUAAAACCUACUUAUCUGCCCUAUUAUCCCAGAAAUCACCAUUUACCUUACACAAAGUACUUACGAAGUUCAACAUUGCUGCAGAGAGCAUGGAAGAUGAUACAAGUUUCAAGCUACCUGAUCCUGGAACUACCAUUCCAGAACAUUUGUAUCAUCUCAUAGAGCAGGACCCCUGGACGUCUUUCAGUGUUGAUGAUUUCAUAGCGUAUGCACAAACUGAUGAAGAUGGCGAAUACUACAUAUAUGCAAUAGUUGUCAAGAGGAUAUCCAACGAAUCUCUCAAUUCUGUCUAUCUUAUCAAUAUUGGAAAGGACAAACCAAUAGAAGCAAAUGUGUUGGACAUGCAUAAGAUACACAUACCUAAGUCCACAUCAGGUAUGGAGCUUGUUCCAUCUGAAAAAGUUCACUCGGAAGAUGCAGAACCAUCUCUCACUGGGAAUCGAGAAUCAUCUUUUCCAACUGACGUGGAACAAGCAAAGCGACAGGUGACAGUCGAAUUGGAGGAGAUUUGGAAGCUUCCAGAGGAACAUAGAAGGAAGGCUAUUCGGCGAAUGUUGCUGAAAUGGCAUCCAGACAAACAUCCAGAAGGUCCGAAGGAACUAUUUGAUGAAGCGUUUAAACACCUCCAAAGUGAAAUGCAGCGAUUAGAAAAAGGUAUUUCAAGAACAAGUUCAUUUUAUGAAGACCUCUUCAGAUCAACUGAAAAGAGAGCAAGGGAAGACCGCCGGAGGUAUACUCACUUCGGAGGAUUUCGGGGAAGAGGUGGUUUCAGAAGAAGAAGAGGAAGGAGCUCUGAAUCUGGUUUCUGGAAUUUUGAGGAUUUCUUUACUUCUGCUUCAAGAACACCAGAUAUCCGCAAUGCGCGCCGUUGGUUUCGGCAAGGACAAGAAGAUCUUCGUGCUGCCCGUCAUGAUCUUAACCCACACGAUGACGAGCCGUCAUUAGAAUGGGUUGCUUACAAAUGCCAUCAGAGUGUAGAAAAGGCACUCAAAGCUGCUAAACUAGCCAUUGAUGGACAACAUGACUACACUCAUUCCAUUUCCUCUCUUGCCUAUCAAGUUGAAGGCAGAAUAAACUCAGCUGAUUUUAAGAAGAAUGUGGACAUGCUCAGUUCUCUUGUAAAUGAUCAACGGGCUCGUUACCCAGACAGAUGUGCGUCUUCACAGAUUCCCCACGAAGUCUUUAGAGAGAAGUCACGGGGUGAGGAAAUGAUUGACCUCGCCCGACUAAUUCUUGGAAAUGUUCAAUCCUUUUUGCUUCCCAGAUCCUGAAAUGGUACUUGCAACUGCUUCAUCUUGAUCUGUCUUUUCCACGGUCCUCUUAUUGCUUUCUCACAAGCAGUCGUGCUUUCCUACCAAUCAAGUAAAAAAAAAAAUCACCACCAUUUACUUUUUGCUUUUCAAAUCAUGAAAUGUUAUUCGACUGCUUCAUCAGGGUUCGCAUUAUCCACGGGGUCGCAAAAUUUGAAUGGAAAAGUUUUUUUCUGAAUAUUUCUAAAUUUCAGGCUUCACUGGAGAAGAAAUACUGUCAACGUGUCAUAGUUCUUUUUUUAAUGGAAAAAAAACAUUCCAGUCUUAGUUCAUAUUCCACUGGACAUGCUUGACAGCCGAUAUUGUCAAACUCAAAUGUAUGCUGUACUAUGUUUUUGAUUAAAUUGAUUCAUUCCGUUAUUGCAAUAGACAAUACUAGUAUCAUUUCCUUCUUUGUUGUUGAUACCACGUCAAACUGGAUUAAAGAUGAUAAUUGGUUAUUUAUCUAGGUUUUCAUCCAUCGAUAGCCAUGCAUUUGAUAUUAAAUAUUUUCAAAUAGUCACACCAUUAAUGGCUAUUAUCAACGAUGAUGUUGAAUUAUUUGCCAUCUCAUAUUCCCUUUGUGUUGACAAUGUAACAAUCAUGUUGCAUCUUACUUCAUGACUUACUCAACAUAAAAUGCCCGAUAAUAUAUAUAUAUAUAUAUAUAUAUAUAUAUAUAUAUAUAUAUAUAUAUAUAUAUAUGUUAUCAUGUUAUAUGGAUUUGUUAUGGAUUUUGUUGUUGUUGAUGUUGUCAUGAUUAAUAUUUCAUACCGUUUAUACAAAUAAUGAAUAUCUUUGCCUUUAUAUAUUUCUUCCUAUUGUGAUAAUACAAUCUGCAUCUGAUCAAGCAUUAAACAUUACUUGUACAUAGUCAUAGGAUUUUUGAAUGAGUUUAUACGCUAAAUACUUUCCAGAACAUUGUAGUAUUAUAAUUGCUAUAAUGAUGCUCCGAUCAAUUCUCCAGGCAUGAUGCCCAAUGUAAAUGGCAUUUUGAUUGAUAUUUUGUGGAAGAUUAUCAUGUUGUACAUUUUAUAAGGAUUCAUCUGUCACUGUGACAGUUUGUACAUGUAAUUUUAAGUCUAUAAAUUGGUGGGGUCACAUAGACCAAGUCAUGAAUGCCUAAAACGUGUUAAAUUCAAGAAUAGGAAGUCUAUGAAAAAUAUGUAUUAUAAAUAGUCCACAUGUUACUUCGUAAAAAGUUAGCUGAAUACUUAUGGGAAAUACUUAUGUUGUUUGCUUUGAUUCUCGCUGUAUUUACCGCUUCAGUGGAGUGUGGUUGCUUGCUAUAUUUGGAUGUAAAUUAGACCUUUUGCCAUUGUUUACAAGUUGAAUGAUUAUCUACAUGUAGGCUAGUGAGGCAGAAGGAUUUGGCUUCUAUUGUAAUAUAUUGUAUUAAGGCCUAAUAUGAACAAUGACUAACCUAUUGAAUUUAACCCAUUGAGUUGUUAUCGAAACGUUUGCUGCACCUUCAAAGAUUGAUUUGAAUUAUAGUUUUGUUUAAAAAAAUACAUGGUCACAAUGUUUCUUCAAAGGGUAAUUUACAUGGCAUGCAUGGAAAUAGCAUUGUACAUGUAUCUGUUUAAUUUCUAUUUAUUUCGAGCAACUGAGAACAUUAUUCAUUAUGGAAGGUAUACUCAAAGAUCUGCCGUGUACGUGAUAUUUUAAUGUAAAGUUAAUUACUUUAUAUUCACAAAGUUAUUUCAGAAGAAUGUAAAUAAAAAUAUUAUCUUCCUUCUGCAUAUUUGUCUGUUCUAUCAAAGUGACUACAAUGGGUACAUCAAACCAAUAGGUCACAGUCGGAGUAUCAAUAUUCUGGCAAAAUCUAUAAAUGAAAGAGUUUACUUCUUUGGCUUAUUGUAGUGAGUGUUUUGCCUUAAUUAAAGGAGUCUUAAUACUACAAUUAUAAUUUCUAUAAUAUUUUGUCUUAAGGAAAAUGAUCGCAAACGAUAUAGGAGUUUCGUUAAUACACACAAUAAGCAUGAUAAGGCAAGUCUACUCUGGUGUAGUCACUGCCGAGAACUUAUUGUUAGUUAAGAUACUGUAUGUAAUGUAAGCACCAGUUUCGAAUUGGUGUGUACACGAUUGUCUGAAAUUUGACAAAGCAUAAUUGUGCUUUUAGUGUCAUGUGUGUAUGGGACCGAUGUUAUUUUAGAAGGGAAGCGUAAAUGAAGAAACUCUUGAGAAAGUUAUAUACAGGUCAAUAUCCAGGUAUCAAGAAUCGGCUACAGUUACAAUUCGAAGUACAUGAAGAUAUCAGUGGAAAUUCGGAUAAUACAUGAGACGAUGGAUAUAUUCUCGAAGUGUAAGAUUAAGAUCCUGAAGUUAAAUUAUUAUUGAUUUAAGUCUAUCUGAUGAGUGUGGGUCUAGUAUGUCUAUUUAAUGAUCGAGAGGUCUUUUCUAUCAUUAGUUUUGGGGAUGUAACAAUCUAAAGUUAAGUGUGAGUGAAAUAAACUUUCUGUGGUAUAAGGGGUGUGGUGAUGCUCUGUGCACUGACUGGGGCUGGGAGUGUGAGUCAUAUUUCUUAGAACUUUUGUUUCCUUGAAGUUGGCUGUCGUCACUGAGGGUUGGUCUUUUAUGGUCAUGGUUUAGGAUUUAAAUGGUAGGAUUUUGGAAUUCUGAGGUGAUAUCGGGGGAGUUUGUAAACAAGUGAAGGUGAAUGACCUCGAGUAUACAGGAAGUAAACUACAUACUACAUAUCAUUAUAUUGAAAGGAUUGUGGUCUGAUGUUUAUUUCAUUAAAAAAUAAUACAUUUUGUUUUUUAUCUUAUAUAUAUAUACCCUGUUUGCUGUUUUUGUAUGGAAAUUGUAUCGCAAAACUUUUGUUUCCUUGAAGUUGGCUGUCGUCACUGAGGGUUGGUCUUUUAUGGUCAUGGUUUAGGAGUUAAAUGGUAGGAUUUUGGAAUUCUGAGAUGAUAUCGGGGGAGUUUGUAAACAAGUGAAUGUGAAUGACCUCGAGUAUACAGGAAGUAAACUACAUACUCCAUAUCAUUAUAUUGAAAGGAUUGUGGUCUGAUGUUUAUUUCAUUAAAAAAUCAUACAUUUUGUUUUUUAUCUUAUAUAUAUAUACCCUGUUUGCUGUUUUUGUAUGGAAAUUGUAUCGCAAAAUUUGUUGUGUAGACACACGAUUUCAAGCAUGAGAAUUAAUGUGAACUGCAUGAAUUAUGUUCGCAUUGGUACGAUAUACAAUAUUCUCGUUGACAUACCGAUUAUCGCCGAUUAACGCAUGUAAAUAUUUAUCCGAUCGUAACACAAAACAGAAUCGUUAGGUAUUUUAACUUUUCAAUGUGUAUUACAUGGUCGGUACUUGGAUGAUAAUUAUCUCUUCUAUGUUGUAUUUUCCUGUGUCACAUAACUUUGAAAAUACUUUGAGUUAAUAUAUCCCAAAUAAUUAUGCUAGAAAUAUUAUUUACACAGUUGAGACUUUCAAGUGUUCGGAAGGUUUAAAUCAUUUUUAAGUUCAAAACUCUGUUCAGUUUAGCCCAAAGAGUUAUCUUUUAGAAUUUGUCUGUAUGUAGACCAUUGUUUUAUAUGCUGAUGGAAUUUUCAUUUUGUGCGGAAUUCUGAAAGAAAUGUGUUAUAAUAGGCGUUUCAAGGAGAAUUCUUUGCUCAUCCUAAUAUUCUUUCUAUCACUUUUUCUUGUUGUAGCAUAGAUACCUUUAUAUCAUUGUGUGUAACUUAUGCAUGAAGGCUAGAUGUAUUAUAAAAACCGCAGAUUUUUCUUUGAUAUUUUGAGUUACAUUAUGUUAUUAUAAUUUGUUUAAGUUGUUGCUAUGAUUUAUGUAUGAAUCGGUUUAAUCUUUUUUCUGUAUAUUCAUAUUUUGUUCAUUCAUGAUUGUAAAUAAUACCUCUUAUUGAUAGUGAUACGGUAGUCGUAAAGCUAAAUUUAUAUUGUGCAAGUUUUUUUUUUAAAUUGCUAACGUAUGCACUUCAUAUUCGAAAGUGUAACACUAUUAUCUUUGAUUUUUAUCUUAUUAAAAUUUGCGAUGACAUACGAUAUUAGCAGAUAUUUUGUAGUUUCUUGUAUAUACUUUUAUAGCAUGUUGACAGAAUGUUAUGAAAGAUUUACAUUCCAAUUGUAAAAUUUCUUUGUGAGAAUAAUGUUCUAUUCAUGUAUUUUUGUGUCACCACGAUACAAGAUUUUUCAUGUUCUCUGUUGAGUAUAUCGCCUGUUAUAUGCAGUGAAUUGUUUUCAUACAUAAACCUUUUUGUCAGGUUUUUAUCGACAUUAUAAAUGUUAUUUGUCUUGCUUAUAUUUCUUCGAACAUGUUUAUGACGAGGAAAGUAGUGCAACUCUUCAACUUUGUUUUCACCUCCAUCCCAUAUGGGGUACAUUUUCCGAUCUUGGUGUUCAAGUUCUCUUCAAUCUCUGUUCAUAUUGGCCAAGUAGACAAUUGUGAGAAUUAUAUAUUAAAAAAACACAUAAAUUGAAUUUAAUUUGAUAUAUGGUAUAUUUGAAACUGAGUACUGUGCUCAACUGAUUAUGUCCAAUCUUUAUUCAAAGAAAGAACAAAGAUAUAUCAUGAAAGUGUAUGAUGUUUAUUAGAUAUUUUCUGUAUACAAGCCUGAGUUUUCUAGCGCUUCAACUAUAUAAUUGUGUAAAAAAAAAUUUCAAUGAGAAAAAACCCGCACUUAAGUACGCGUGAAUAGGCCUUAUUGUUGUUGGUGAUUGUAAGCAUUAAGUAAAAUACAUGAAAAUGAUUGAUUAUAUAUAUGUCCUGUACGUCAUAAUUAAUUGAACUGCUCAUGAUAGAGAUGAAAGAGACAUGGUAGAGAAAAACAAACUUCAUUCAUCAGCAUGUUCGCCUGAUAUAUAGCCUACAAAAGUGGAUCAUGCCAAAAUUAAUUCAAUGAGAAAGGGCAUUUCCAUUAAGUACGUGUGUGAAAUUAAAUUGGUGUUUAAGUUUCAUAUGUAUAUAUACAGGAAUCCUUGUACUUCAUUUUGGCCAGUGAACUGAAGGGUUGACGUCACUCUUGAAUGAGAGAAAAGAAAAAAACUUCAAGUAUACAACAGAUGUUAUCUAAUAUUGCAUUGUUUGUAUAUAUAUAUAUAUAUAUAUAUAUAUAUAUAUAUAUAUAUAUAUAUAUAUAUAUAUAUAUAUUCUUGAAGUUGAACCAUUUGUCAAAUUUUAUUCUUUGAGAAAAACCAUUUCCAUAUUAAAUACGUGUAUGUAGUUUAUGUCGAUUUCACUGAAUUUGGAGAAAUAGAAAAUGUUCACAUGCUGUUUAAUAAGCGGAAGUGGAAUUUGGGAAGUGUCCCCCCCCCCUUCCAACCUCACACCGAUUUUUUUCUUUCUUUUGACUCAACUAUGAAUAUCCUCAUAAGGUAUUGUUAAUAGCUCAAAUUUGACAGAACUGGAUAUAAGUGAAAUCCUUUGGGGGCAAUUAGCCCCCAUGUCAAAAAUAAAAAAUACAGUUGUACUUUUACUUGGAUAAGAGCUUAAGAAUGUAUUAUAUUAUUAUACUAUGCUGAAAAAUCGAAAAGAUUGGUUAUUUUGAUAGGUUUUUAUGUAACUAUGUACAUAAUGUUGUCGGUUUUGAAAUAUAGUAAUUCCCCAAGGCAGUUAAGGCUUGUUCUAAAAACGGUGUCAAAAUGGAAACUAAACGUUUGAGAACGAAUACCAAAAUGGUGAAAGGUUGUUCUGUAAGUUGAAUAUUUUGAUUUUUUUAAAGCAAAAAAACACAAUGUAAAUACUGAAAUCUAAAUACUUUGCAGCCUUGUUGCUAUGUCUGUAACAGAAAAAUUAUAUAUAUAUGCAAAGUAUAAGCCUUCAUAUAUGACAUAUGAAGGGAAAUACAGCUGCAAGCCUAUUUUCAUUUGUAACUAUAUGCUUCUGCUUUUUUAAGUUAAUAAUGAUGAUAAUAUGUUCCAUUUGUAUAGCGCAGCUACUACAAUUGCAUAUACUCUACUGCGCUUGAUACUUGUUAUCAUAAAGUUAUCUACUUAUAUGGUGUAAAAGUUAUGUACAUCUCUUGUAUAUACUGAACAUUGUUUUCUCUCAAUGAUUGAGAGUUUUGCCCUUUUUUUGCAAUUUACACAGAAACUGUAAUGUUACAUAAUGAAACAUGUAGCUUAGAAUAUCAUUGGUUGUUUUAUUGUCGAAAAUCUAUGGUCAUGAAUAUGUUAUAAUUAAAUCGUCGUUAUCAUGAUGAUGAUCAUGAUAUUGAGGUUUCUUUGAAGGGUAGGCCUAUAUUGAAGUGAGGUCGACCAUUUUAGUGAUGAUGAAAUGAUUAUGUGGAUGAUAUAAGCCCUAGUAAAAUUACUGGGCACAUUGGUCGUAUAAAAAAACUACAUGUAGUAGUUUUUAUCGUAAUUGAUUUUUUUUUAUUUAGCAGUGUUACUUUUAUGUACAAGCGAACAGCAUAACAAGUGUUUUAGUUGCUGUUCAUGUAACAGUAUUUACUCGAAGAGAGAUCAAGUUAUUUCAAACCAUUUUAAUGUUUGCCAUCGAAGUUUAUGUAUUUCCUAUCUAAACAAGAGUGAUAUUUUCAUUCUUUAUUUUGUCUUUUCUUAUAUGUUCUUUCAUCUUUUCAAGCAGUAUCAUAUGUUGUGAAUGAUCCUGAAGUGAUGUUAAAGAAGGGCUCUAAUUCACAAUCUUCAUUUAUCAUUGUUUAUCGUCGUUUGGAUAAAUACAUGUUUGCUGGACGCUUCUGA